GUAGUUGUGUCAUUUUAGAGCACCGUGCUGGGCUUCUGGGCCGUGACCUGAUUUACAUGAGAACCCUGUAGAAUCGUCUUUGGGCCUGCGGGUAGUGUUAAUGGGCUAUGUUUUGACUUUGUAAGACCAUCGUCUUUGCCGCGUGCUUCCAUUAUUCCAUUAAGCAUAAACAUAAAAAAAAAAUGAGACAUUUUUAACCUUUAGAAAAGAUGUUUGCCUCACCAAAAUCGAUGUUCGCUAUGCAAAUCAGGAGGACGGUACUUGUUUGUUUGUCACUUGCCCUUGCAUAAGGAUAUCCAUAGUGUGAGUCUUAUAUAGCCUAUAUAUAUAUUAUGAGUGUGGUCAUUAUAAUUAUUUAUAGCUUGAGCUACUCAUGCAUAUGGUUACCUAUAAGGAAUAAAAUAAUAAUAUAAUCUCUCUUCUCUCCACACUCUCUUUUUCUAAACAUAUGAGAUAUCUAAUAUAGUUUUGAUGGGACCUACCUUAUAGCCCACUUAUAAACUCAGCCAUGGUGAGAAAUAAAAUAGCUAAGGACAAAUGCUUGUGGUCUCAUCUAUAAUGACUAGUUCAGCAAUAUACAUUGCUCAUGCCCUAAACGGAGUGGUAGGAGGAUUAAAAAUUUAGAAUUUAGAAGCUGGGCUAAUAUAACCUUCCAGCUCCAACCUCCAAGUGGACUUAUGGCUGAAGAGUGAGAGGAAGGCUUUAGGAGCAAGUCUCGAACCGACUUUCGAUUCACUGGUUUCCUGGUCUGCUGGUUCACUUGGAAAUAAAGGAAUGUGAGGAUAUUCAAUCAGAAGUAAACCUCGGAAACGCAGCUGUUCUUCGCUAUCAAAGAUGGAAUGAUCAUUUGGAGGGAGGUUGCUUGCUUUAGAAUUUGACAAGUUCAAGAUCUGCGGUCGAUCCGCCAUCUGUUUACAUAUACCUUUGCCCCCCCGUUUCGGCAACCUUGUCUCGAUGUUCUACUACGAUCCUGUUUGAUAUAGCUUCAAAUCUUAGAGCAAUGAUAGAUUUGAAUUUUGUAUGUUAAAUUUUAAAUUUUAUCUAAAACAGACGCAAAAUAAUUUAUCUAAUUAUCGUAAUCGCUAAUUUAAAUCCAUGCAUUUGGGGAGAUAUGAAUACCCAGAUCUAACGAAUCUCGACUCUAUAUUUGUGCCAAAGAGAACCUACUUAUACUUACCUCCUAAAUCAAUUCGGAAGUGUUUGAGAGGACGAUAAACGAAAAGAUUGAGAAGAUACACAAAACGAUGUAAGUCAUUAUCAUAUGAGUAGUUAAGUAUUAGUUAUUUUAGUCUUAAAAAUAUAAUAAUAUUAUUUAUAAAGUAACUUCCUCAUGUUAUUUUAAAAUGCAUUGUUUAGUAGUUUGGGAAGCGUGCACAAGAAAAACAAGCCACUUCUAAAAACACGCUCCAUAGUGACGUAGAGAAGAAAAAAUAGAGAGAAGAAGUCACCGCUCAUGCAAGGACAACCUUCACACAAACUUCAUAUACGUUAGUUUUAAUUUUAUGGAUGAAUGAUGCAGAUAGCCAGAUAAAAUUGAAAAUUUACUCUAAUGUAUUAGAUGCAAUGCAUUUAUAUAUGUUAGUUUUAAUUUUAUGGAUGAAUAAUGCAGAUAGCAUAAAAUUGAAGGUGACCAUCAUCAACUGUAUUAUAAAAACUUGCAGGCGGUUUGGCCAACCCGGCUAUGAGCCUAUAAAUAGAGCUAGCGAGCUAGAAGGAGCAGCUAUGGAGCUGACGGCGGGGGCGAUGAGCCUGCUCCUCAAGAAGGUCUGCGAGCUGCUCAUGGCUGAGCUCAACCUGGACAAGAAGUUGACGAAGAGCAUCGGAGAUCUCCGGACGGAGCUGACCAUGAUGCACGGCGUCGUGCGCUGGAUCGGCGAGGUGCCACCGGAGCAACUCGACGGGCAGGUGAGGCUGUGGGCGCGGCAGGUCCGCGAGAUCUCCUACGACAUGGAGGACGCCGUCGACGCCUACCUGGUGCGCGUCGCCGACGGCGAGCCGGAGGCAGCCAAGCAGAACCGGCGGCUCAGCGAGUCCCUGAAGAGAGCCGCCCGGUUGUUCACCAAGGGCAGGGCUCUCCAUCAGAUCGCCGGCGCCGUGGAAGAAGCCCAGGGCCGCGGCAAGUCGCUGUCCGACCUGCGUCAGAAGUACGGCGGCCUCAAGCUGCACGGCGCCGGCGAGGGGUGCGCCGCCAUUGACCCUCGGCUCACAGCUCUGUACGUCGAGGUGGCCAAGCUCGUCAGCGUCGACAAGGCCAGGGACGAGCUGAGCGAGCUGCUGCUGUCUUCUUCAGGUGGCUCGAUGCAGCAGCAGCAGCAGCUGAGGACGGUCUCGGUCUUUGGAUUUGGCGGGCUGGGGAAGACGACUCUUGCCAGAGCGGUUUAUGAGAGCAUCAGGGAGCAAUUUGAUUGCGCUGCUUUUGUUUCCGUGUCCAGGAAUCCCAACAUCACCAAGAUUUUCAGGAAAUUGCUGUUUGAACUUGACCGGGAACAGUACUCAGACAUCAAUGAUUUAGACAGAGAUGAUGUACAGCUAAUUGAUGAGCUGAGAAGUUUUCUCCAGAGUAGAAGGUACCUCAUUGUAAUUGAUGACCUCUGGGAUGAAAAUGUGUGGAAAUUCAUCAAGUGUGUUUUAUAUGAGAACAAUCUCAGCAGUCGAAUAAUCACAACAACACGCAAAAUCAAUGUCUCUAAAGCUUGUUGCUCUUCGGGUGAUGACAAGAUUUAUGAAAUGAAACGUCUUUCGGAUGAUGAUUCCAAGAAGCUCUUAUACACAAGGAUAUUUACCCAUGAGAACAACUGUCCUCAUGAAUUGAAACAAGUAUCUACAGACAUUUUGAAGAAAUGUGACGGGGUACCAUUAGCAAUCAUCACUAUAGCUAGUCUGUUGGCCGGUAAUAAUAAUAGGCCCAUAAAAACUAAGGAUCAAUGGCACAAUUUGCUCAAUUCUAUUGGCCGGGGACUCACAGUAGGUGAAGGUGUGGAUGAUAUGCAGAAGAUAUUAUCAUUUAGCUACUAUGAUUUACCUCCUCAUCUGAAGACAUGUUUACUGUAUCUAAGUAUAUUUCCAGAAGAUUAUGAAAUUGAGAGAGAUCGGUUAAUAUGGAGGUGGAUAGCUGAAGAUUUUGUCCAAUGUGAAAAUAAUUGGGACAACUUAUUUGAGGUCGGAGAGAGUUACUUCAAUGAGCUUAUAAACAGAAGCAUGGUUGAGCCAGUCGGCAUCGACUUUGAAGGCAGAGCUCAAGCUUGUCGCGUGCAUGAUAUGAUGCUUGAUUUUAUCCUUUCCCUAUCAAAAGAAGAAAAUUUUAUUACUAUAAUAGAUGACAGUGAGCACAGAACAUCUUGGCAACAUAAGAAUGAUAAUAAGAUUCGCAGGUUAGCCAUCCAAAACACUUGAAGAAUGGCAGAAGAGGCUACAGCAAGCAGCAUGUCACAAGUGAGAUCCUUCACUUUGUUCAGACCUGGUGUUAAUUCGAUGCCAUCCCUGUCACUGUUUCAGGUUCUUCGUGUACUGGAUUUAGAAGGCUGUGAUCUCAGUAAAUUUAGCAAUCUUAAUCUGAGGCAUGUCGGUAAGCUCUCUCACCUGAGGUACCUUGGGCUAAGACGAACAUACAUCGCUGAGCUCCCUACAGAGAUCGGAAAUCUGAAGGUUUUGCAGACGCUGGACAUCAGAGGAGCUCAUGGCAUACGGGAGUUGCCGCCCGCGAUCACCGGGCUGAGGCAAUUGAUGUGCCUUCGCCUCGAUUGGGACACCAGGCUACCAAGAAAUGGUGGGCUCGCAACCCUGACGUCGCUGGAGGAGAUGACCGGGCUCAGAGUUCGCCGUGAUUCUGCAGACGGCGUCGUCAGAGAGCUUCGCUGUCUGAAGAAGCUCAGGGUGCUCCGGCUCCAGUGGGGAGAGAUGGAGCACGGCGCGGGCAGAGCUGUGGUGGGGGCUCUCGGCGAGCUGCAGGGGAUCCAGAGCAUCGAGAUUUACGCUUACGGCGGUGGCGGCGGCGGCGUCGGUAACGUCGGCGACGGCUGGGUGCCUCCGGCGUGCCUCCGCCGGUUCGUGUCGAACGGGCCCACGAGCGCGUUCUCGGCGCUGCCGGCGUGGGUGCGCUGCUCGCCUCUGCCGCGCCUCGCCUUCCUCGACGUGUGGGUGGAUCGGGUGAGGCGGGGCGACAUCGGCGUCGUCGGGGAGCUGCCGGCCCUCCAGUCUCUCCGGCUGCGGGCCACCGGCCGGAUAGACGCGCGCCCGGCGGUGGAGCGGUUCGCGGUGCGCGCCGGCGCGUUCCCCUGCGCGGCGGCGUGCGCGCUCCUGCACUUCGUGACGGCGCCGUCCAUGUUCCCGCGAGGCGCCAUGCCGAGGGUUCGGCGGCUCUCGUUCAGCCUCAGGGCAUGGGACUUCGCCGCCGCCGGCGAUGGCGGCGGUGGUGGUGGGCUUAGGCUUGGGCUGCGCGAUCUGGGCAUGCAGAACCUCCCUUCGCUCGAGGACGUUCGCGUCGAGGUUUGGUACAAGAACACGGGAGAUGGCGGUGGUUCGGCGGUGACGAGGAAGGUGGAGGAGGCACUGCGACGCGUGGCGGCCGUCCAUCCCAACCGUCCGGCCAUCAACAUCCGCAGGAGGAAGAUGACGACUGGAUCGGCCCAAUCCGAUUCUUCCACUUUGUCUAUCUAAAUCCAGUCAAUAAUAAUCGGCAUGUUUUGGC